AUGUCGCGAAUCAGAGACCCGAUUGACAGCAUUAUUGCAGGGCUGGGCAAGAAGCCUGAUGCAUCAGAGCAGGCUGCCAAUCGGGCGGUUAUUGAACUGAAAAAGGCAUGGGUGGCCGAACGCAUGGCACCAACCGUUCUCCCGUAUGCUGGCGACACUUUGGAGACAGUAAUGAGCCAGAUUCGGGGACUAAUAGAGUUUGUUGAAGAGAAAUCCUUGCUGUUGCACGAAGGUGAUAUCACAUCAAGCGGGCAAGACGGUGAAAACAUCAAACUGCAGCUGCUAGUGGUUGAGACAGAGCUGGAGAGGGCCAAGUUUGUUGCCAGAGGAUACCUGAGGGCACGGCUAGCUAAAAUUGACCAAAGCGCUAUUUAUUGGAGUACCCAGACGCCGCUUGAUACGCCUCUAUCUCCCAAGGAGCAGGAGUACCUGCAGAGACGGCUUAUAAUCAAAGAAAAGUUGUACGACAGCUCGUUUUUGCUGUCGUUGCACUCCGACUUACAGAAUCUCAACGACACAGACGGCGCCGUUUCCAUGGUGGAUGAACCCGAUCUAGAUAAACCGGUGGCUAUAAAAGUAACCAAGCCUGGGCUGGACCCGGUUGUGUGCGGUAACGACACCGUUCUAUUAGAACACGGCGGUCUUUACAUGCUUCGAUACUCUGCAAUUGCCGGACUUCCCGUAGAUAUCGUCUAG